GAGAGAGCCCAAGUCAGUUUUGUAAGAGAAUCCAAUUAUCAGAAAACUCCUAAGCCUGUCCCAGUCUCACCUUGUGUUCCUCCACCUUCUUUGCACCUAGGUUGGUGCUCUAAGCUUAUGACGGGGAGAUUAGGUAGCAUGAGGGUAUUACAGAGAGAUAAAUCAGGAUGCAAAGAUCCUUUAUUCUUUCACUGUGAAGAAGGCAACUGGACAGCUUAUAGGAGCAACAUUCAGCUCAGAGCCUGAAAAAGAGCCAUCAGCCGGCAAAGGACCAUCAGAAUGAGUGACAGCACUACUUUAGCUCCUCCAGCUUCAAACCAGGGUCCCACUACCCCACGCAAAGGGCCUCCCAAGUUCAAGCAGAGGCAGACUCGCCAAUUCAAGAGCAAACCUCCUAAGAAAGGUGUGAAAGGGUUUGGAGAUGACAUUCCAGGCAUGGAGGGGCUAGGAACAGAUAUCACGGUGAUUUGUCCCUGGGAGGCGUUUAGCCACCUGGAAUUGCAUGAGCUCGCUCAGUUUGGGAUCAUCUGAGGCACCAGAGGUUCUGCAGCUCUCUACAGCAUCUAUAUUAACUCUGAUCACUUCUGCCCUAUUGAUCUGCCGGAGUCUUGAAAUUCAGCUGUUCAGAUGUGGUUUCUUUGGCUUACACAGUCAUUUCCUAUAAGUUCCUACCAAGAGUUUGCUUAGUGUCAGACUCUUUCUUGCUGUGUAGCUCAGCUCAGAACAGUGGAUGAAAACCAACCUUUGUUAGGGCAUUUCAAACUUUACUACCUUUUUCUAUCAGCUGGCUAGAAGUCACCACUAUUUCUCUACAUUUGGCUUAUUUGUUAAGUCCUACAAAUCUAUUUUUGCUAGGCAUUUAUUUUGAUGAGUAGUAAACUUUUGAGAUAACAUUUAUGUCACUCCCCUCCCCUUGUUAUUUAAUAAAGGAGAUAUUUACCUUGAAUCUCAUAA